UGUAUAUAGCCAUGGCAUAACUUGAGGCACGUCUAUGCAAAGUGGGUUGUGCCACUCUUCCACAUUAUUGGCCGCCAAUAAUAUGAGUUGCUCAACCACGGUGGCUAUAGGGAACUCAGUAUUCCCGCCAAAUUCAAACUCAAAAUCCAGAAAUUCCCAAAAUCGGAGAGAAGUCAUCUCCCUGUUGCAGAAAUGCAAACACUAUCAGAUCCCACAAAUACAUGCUAAAAUAAUAAGAAAUGGCCAGGACCAAGAUCCAUUCGUCGUCUUCGAGCUUCUUCGUCUCUGCUCCAACCUCAAGUCCAUUGACUAUGCCUCCAAGGUUUUCCGACGCACCCAAUCCCCAAACGUGUAUCUCUACACUGCUCUCAUUGAUGGGUUUGUGUCGUCUGGCUAUUACCUUGAUGCGAUUCGUCUUUACUGUCAGAUGGUCAAUGAGUUUAUAUUUCCGGACAAAUAUGCCAUCACUUCUGUGUUGAAAGCUUGUGGCUUUGGGUUGGCUUUGGAGGAGGGUAGAGAAGUCCAUGCCCAGGCUUUGAAGCUUGGGUUGUCCUCGAAUAGAUCAAUAAGGAUGAAGCUGAUGGGUCUUUAUGGAAAGUGUGGUGAAUUUGAAAGUGCACGCCAGGUGUUUGAUGAAAUGCCUGAAGGAGAUGCAGUUGCGGCAACCGUCAUGAUAACUUGUUAUGCUGAGUAUGGACUAGUUGAGGAGGCGAGUGGUGUUUUUGACGGGCUCAGGGAAAAGGAUACGGUUUGCUGGACUGCGAUGAUUGAUGGGUUGGUUAAGAAUGGGGAGAUGAAUAGGGCUUUGGAGGUGUUUAGGGAUAUGCAGAGGAAGAAUGUGUGGCCUAAUGAAGUUACAUUGGUUUGUGUUCUAUCUGCUUGUUCGCAUUUGGGAGCUUUGGAGCUCGGACGAUGGGUUUGCUCGUAUAUAGAUAAGAAUAACAUUGAAUGCAAUUGCAUUGUGGGUGGUGCUCUGAUUAAUAUGUAUUCAAGGUGUGGUGAUAUUGAUGGGGCAGUAGAGGUGUUUAGCAGGAUGAAAAAGAGAGAUGUCAGUACCUAUAAUUCCAUGAUUGAGGGGCUUGCUAUGCAUGGGAAGAGCACCAUGGCUAUUGAAAUGUUCCGGGAAAUGAUGAAACGAGGACUUAAGCCAAAUAGCAUCACUUUUGUUAAAGUAUUAAAUGCAUGUAGCCAUGGGGGUUUGGUGGAGUUGGGGUUUGAGAUAUUUCAUUCCAUGACUAAUAGUCACGGCAUUCAACCGCAAAUAGAACACUAUGGAUGCGUGGUUGAUCUUCUAGCUCGUUCAGGACGGAUUGAAGAGGCGUACAGUUUCAUUGAAAGAACGAAAAUGGCACCAGAUCAUAUCAUGUUGGGGGCUUUGCUAAGUGCUUGUAAAAUCCACCGAAACCUCGAAUUAGGAGAAAGGGUGGCCGAAAUGUUGGUAAACUGUGAUGAUGCAGAUUCAGGGACUUUCGCUUUACUGUCAAAUGUGUAUGCUGCAUCAGGGAAGUGGAAAGAGGCUGCACGAGUCAGAGCUUUGACCAAGGAAGCUGGAACUCCAAAGGAGCCUGGUUGUAGUUUAAUUGAAGUGAACAAUGAGAUCCAUGAGUUCCUUUUGGGAGACAUUAGACACCCACAGAAAGAAAAUAUCUACAGAAAGUUAGAGGAGCUAAACCCUGUGUUAAAAAGGGAAGGAUACUCGCCGGCGACAGAGGUAGUUUUGCAUGAUAUUGGGGAAAGGCAAAAGGAAUGGGCUCUAGCAAUACAUAGUGAGAGGCUUGCCAUAUGCUACGGACUAAUCUCUACUAAACCGUGUACCACUUUAAGGAUUGUGAAAAAUUUGAGGGUUUGCAAUGACUGCCACUCAAUGAUCAAGUUGAUAGCUAAGAUUACUAAGAGAAAGAUAAUAAUGAGGGAUCGCCAUAGGUUCCAUCAUUUCGAGAAUGGAGCUUGUUCUUGUGGUGAUUACUGGUAAAAGAAAAAAUACUGCAAAUAUCUAACGUGAAAGUAUAUUUUGUA